AUGGGAGAAGUGAAGAUUGCUGGUCUGGAGGAAUGUUUGGAGCUACCAGCAGGUCUGGUCUCACAGUACUCUAAACCACUGGAGGUGAUUACAAUGGAACUAAUGCAGAAAUACAAGAAGGAGAAUGGUAAAACUGGUGUGAAUAAUAUUGAACAUUGGGGUUGCAACUCACACGUCACGGAAUUUCUAUCCUUCAUUGAAUCAGGUGUUUCAGUUGAAACACUAUGGAAGGUGAGUUCUAUCUGA